AUGCCUCCCACCAAUUCUCAAACAAAACCAAAUCAAACUUCAAAUACGUCUACGAAAGCAAUAAAGAAAACAAAGAAGAAGAAACAUGAGUUUGUAAAUAUCAUGUUCUUUGAUAACCAGAUUACAUCAGAAUGCUUUGAGAAUCAUAAGGCGGGAAACUUGUUUCAUUGGAAAGUGCAACAACCUACACAUGCAUCAUCUUCAACACAGCAUGGAGUUUCUUCUACAAUUGGUGCUUCAACUCCAACUUCGGUUGUUUCUUCAUCAUUAUCAUCAAACUCAGCUACCAGUAGCAGAUUUUUGCCAACACAUGUACUUUCGAAUAGUAGUGGAAGUUCAUCUUCUUCGGCAAGUGAAUCAGACAAUACAAUAUUACAUGAUGCAUUACCAACAAGUCAUAGCACUCUGCAUGCUAGUAAUAGUAGUAUUAGUAGUGUAAAUAGUUCGAAUAGUUCUCAAAGCCACAGAUUAUUAGAAACCAACCAAAAAAUUCAAGAUUACACUCCCAUAUUUAUUAAACCUCCAAAUAUGUUGGAUUCGUUAGCCACAUCCACAACAGAAACGCACCCCUCGCUGUAUCAAAUAAUGGAAAAACAACAUGUUGAAAGAGAGAAAUCCGAAACGAGACAAGAUUAUUCUUCCAAUUUAGUAAUCAGAAACGAAACCUCAAUAACAUUAAUGGGUUCAAUUCCUCCUUCUCCUCAACAACAGCAUACCGGCCAUGCUGUUGGUGUUGAGAAAAGGAAGAGAACAAAUAAUUUAAUAGUAGUAGUAUCUUCCGCCACUUUUGUAGUGGAGAUUGAAUCAUCCGAAUCUUCAUCAUCACACAAUAUAUAUAAUUUCAUCUUGUUAAUAAUAACAAUAAUGGAGGUGGUUAAUAAUUCAAUACCUUUGAAUAUUGAUCAGUAUUCACCUCCGCCACCAAAUAUCAUUGUGAAUAAUCAUCUAAAUCAUCAUCAUUCACAACAACAACAUUCUAAUAAUAAUGGUCAACAAGAAAUGAUGGAAGUUGAUAGAGUUUUCAUGAUGAUGAAUAAUAAUAAUAACAAUAAUUUUGUACAAAAUCCAUCCACCUCUCCUCCACAACAAACUCCUCCCAAUCAUCCUGGAAUUAAUAAUUAUUAUUAUUAUAUGCCUAAUCCCUAUAAUCAUUCCGAGUCAGCUACCAAUAAUGGUGUUUUUGCUUAUCAACCUGUUUUUGUAACCAUUCCAAGUCAUCAUUUGAUACCUUCUCCUUCCAAUACUAAUAUUCCACAACCACAACCACAACAGAAUGUAGGAUCAAUACCCAAUAACUUAUCCAAAUCAAUAUCAUUUGAUAGUGAUCCAUUGUCAGCGAGUAACCACAUGAAUCAUUUCAAACAGAAAUUCUCAAAUGAAGUUUACAUUGAUGAAUACUCUCUACCUCAUUAUGCACAACAAAAUCCCAGUGAUCAAUAUUAUUCCUAUUCACAAUUUUCAGAUCCAAGAUUAUGGAUAAAACCAUCCAACUCAUUCUUUACAUAUCCACUAGUAAUGAGCUUUUUCAAUUUAAUAUUAUUAGGUCUUGGACAUACCUUAAUUGGACAAGAUAGAAAAGGAGUUAGUUACAUGUUAGUGACAAUGAUAAUCUUUUUUUUAUGUAUUGUGUUCUUUGGAAUUCUGGCUCUUCCAUUUUAUUGGCUGUGGGCAUUAAUGGUAAUUAUGGACGGAUAUAAACUGUCUAAACGUUUAAGGGAAGGGAUUCCAAUCCACCAGUCAGAAUGUACUAACAAGUGGGCAACUAGAGGUAUUAGUCAAUUUGUAGGUGCUGAUUUAACACUAUUCAAUAAUAAUAAUCCUCGAGAGUGUUCACAGGAAUGGUUAGAUAUGAUCAAUCAUUUAACAACGAUAUAA